AUGACGGGUCGCGGAAAAGGCGGGAAAGGCCUUGGCAAAGGAGGCGCAAAACGUCAUAGAAAAGUAUUACGAGACAAUAUCCAGGGCAUAACAAAACCCGCCAUACGCAGACUGGCCCGACGUGGUGGCGUCAAACGCAUCUCCGGUCUGAUUUACGAAGAAACAAGAGGCGUUCUGAAGGUUUUCCUAGAAAAUGUAAUCAGAGAUGCCGUCACUUACACGGAGCACGCAAAACGCAAAACCGUUACAGCUAUGGAUGUAGUUUACGCUUUGAAGAGACAAGGGCGAACUCUGUACGGGUUUGGAGGUUGA